AUGUUGGUGGGAUACCUAGGUCCGCUAGGAACCUACUCGCAUGCGGCGGCUUUACAGCAGUAUCCCGAGGAGGAAUUGAAGCCGUAUGGCACGCUCGAGGCGGUGGUUGAGGGCGUGAAGAAUUCCGAAGUGGAGCUGGCUGUUCUCCCAGUAGAGAACUCAACAAACGGCGAGGUGCGAGCUGCGUUGGACGCCCUGAUAGCCGAGAUCGGCGAGUGCCCUGAAAUCAAAGCUGUUGGCGAAGUUCGGGUACGCAUUGCCCACCAGCUGUUUUCAAGAUCGAGCAAUGUGUCACAGGUGGAGAGAAUAUACUCGCACCCGCAGGUCUGGGGCCAGGCAUCGCAUUGGCUUUCAUCGACCCUGCCCGGAGCCAAAUGCAUUGAUUGCGACUCGACAUCACAAGCGAUUGAAAGAGCCUGGGAAGACAAGAACGGUGCAGCAAUUGCCGGAUCAGCAGCUGGCUCGGUGUACGGCAUCAAGCCGCUCAUAGCAAACGUAUCUGAUCGGGACGAAAACACUACGCGUUUCCUGGUGCUUGCCAAACAGCCGGCGCCCGAGAACAAGCAGCACACCAUGGUGACAUUCUGCGCAGCACAGCAGGACUUGUGCAAGACGCUCGAGGCCCUUGUUAGUUCCGGGGUGCAAGUCACUUUCCUCACCUCGCGACCUUUGGGUACCCACUGGACGUACCGGUAUAUAGUCGAGUUUGCGGGUGCCCUGGCGAGCGAGCAGGUCCGGGAGGCGCUUGCGAAAUUGAAUCAGGUCACUCCAGUAACAGUUAUCGGGGCAUAUUAG